UAUAUGGGAUCCUUCUUCUUCUAGGGUUCAUGGCCCAUCCUCAAGCUCCGUAUGUUCGCGUGGUGCUUCGAAUUGCCCAAUAUACACUUUGCAAACUAGAUAUGAAGACACUGAUCUCAGCGAUAAUAAUGCAACGGAAGAAGCUCACGAGACGAUAAAAGCAAAGAGAAAGAGAAAACCAGAAGUUCACAGCCUAUCUGAAAAGAGACGAAGAGAGAAAAUCAACAAGAAGAUGCGGGCAUUGCAAGAGCUCAUUCCCAACUGUAAUGAAGUGGAUAAAGCUUCGGUGCUUGAUAAGGCAAUCGAUUACUUGAAAACCCUUCAGUUACAAGUUCAGAUGACGUCGAUGGGAAGUAGUGGUGUUUAUAUGCCUCGGAUGAUGCUGUUACCAGCUCCGUGGAUGCAACUUAUAAAUGCACGAGUACCUUCGGGUGGUUAUUCUCCCAUGUCCCCAACAAUGCAAAUGGCUCUAGGCUGCACCUCAGUAAUGCCGGGGAUCAACCAAGCUAGACUCAACAUGUUUGGCCUCCCCGGUCAGGUGUUAUUAUCGUCCAUGCCACCGUGGUGUUCACCACCUUUCGCAUCGUUGGCCGCAAGAUUUCCCCGACUACCGGUGCAGACCCCUGCCAAUGCCGCGGCUGCUUCUUUGUCCGCAUCAAUGGAUUCAAAUCGGGCACAUCAACUCAAAUAGUACGUACUGAAGACGAAAGUUAGCAGAUCACUUCUUAAAAGUUAAAAACAGUGAUGUAGAUCUCCUCGCUCGCAUAAAUGUUAACCAUCACCACUUGCCAUUUUUUAGUUUCUUCUCUUAUGAAUUUGAAAGUCAAUUUUCAUGAAAUUUAAGCUGAAAAUUAAUAAAAACUAAAGGAAGAG